UUUUUUCUGGUUACUGUUCUAAGUGAGCAUCUUGUGGAUGUGGUUGAAAGUACCAGGAUGAACUUUUUUUUUUUGAUAAGAGGAUGAACUUCUGGUUGUAUGUAUGCUUGGGUUCCUCGAAACAUUGUUGUUGUUAGUGCCACAGUGCAUAGAGUUCCUCAAAACGCCACCGCUGUCCGCUCGAAGGGAAAGCAAUGCAAAAUCGUUUGCUCUGUGACGAACAGUGAAAGGCAUUCUUCUCGAGACCGACCGCUGGACUCAACGCCGCCCUCAGCCUAGCUCCACAAUGAUUGGGAGCGCCAAGCCGCUCGCGGUCGCGGCGCCGUUGCAGCCGCCGUCCCCCGCCGGUCGCCGCCUCGCCCCAUUGUUCUGCGCCCCUGACUCCUCUCCAGCUCUCACCCGCGCCGUCGAGAGCCCAGGCCAAUCUCAGUCUGACGGCGCCCCACCACCACGCCCGGAUGAGGUCGCCUCGUCCCUCACGCGGCGAGCGAGCCCGCAGCUCAGUCGGUGGUCCCGCUUGCGAACGCUGCGGUCGAACCGCCGGCCUGGGCUGGACCGUGGGGUGCUCUCCUCGGCCUCGUCCUCGGCCUCGGCGCCGCCGGUGACCAAGACGUCGCGGCCCGAGGACGGUGCGGUGGCGGUGGAGGAUGGAGAGGACGACGACGUGCCUGGUGGGAAGUCCAUCUACAUAGUGUCGGAUGGGACCGGGUGGACCGCGGAGCACUCGGUGAACGCCGCGCUCGGACAGUUCGAGCACUGCUUCGUCGACCGCGGCUGUGCUGUCAACACCCACCUCUUCUCCAUGAUUAACGACAUGGAUCGAAUUCUUGAGGUAAUAAAGCAAGCAGCAAAGGAAGGGGCACUGGUUCUAUAUACCCUUGCUGAUCCUUCAAUGGCUGAGUCAGCUAAGAAGGCCUGCGAUUUCUGGGGUGUUCCAUCCACUGAUGUCCUCCGGCCUACUGUUGAAGCCAUUGCUUCUCAUAUGGGUGUUGCUCCAUCUGGAAUUCCACGAAGCUCUCCUAGUCGACCGUGUCAGCUAACAGAGGAUUACUUUCGACGGAUUGAUGCCAUCGAUUUUACCAUCAAACAAGAUGAUGGGGCACAGCCAGAGAACCUCAACCGUGCAGACAUUGUACUUGCCGGCGUUUCACGUACAGGGAAGACACCAUUGUCGAUAUAUCUAGCCCAAAAGGGAUACAAGGUAGCAAAUGUCCCAAUUGUGAUGGGAGUGAAUCUUCCAAAGACUCUUUUUGAGAUCAGCCAAGACAAGGUUUUUGGAUUGACAAUAAACCCAGUGGUUCUUCAAGCAAUUAGAAAGACUAGGGCCAAAGCUCUAGGUUUUGCUGAUGGGCAGAGCAAUUAUGCUGAAAUGGAUCAUGUGAGGCAGGAACUGCUCCAUGCAAAUCAAAUUUUUGCUCAAAAUCCAAUGUGGCCAGUCAUUGCGGUCACUGGGAAAGCUAUAGAGGAAACAGCUGCUGUCGUUGUGAGGAUUUACCUUGACAGGAAACAGAAGUACUCCAUGCCACGCAUAUCAAAACGGUACUAGCAUUGUGUUCUAUCCCUUCUAUUACACCUUGUAAUGUGUGCGUGUUGAUAAGCUCUGUGUCAAGCACCAUAGCCUUUAUGUUUUUUUUUGUUAGACCACCUUCUAGGUGGCGCAGCAGAAACAAAUGUAUAUUGUAUUUACGACCUUCUAUUGGCCUCAUUGUAUUUGGUCAUUAGAGAAUUUCUAUGUCAGGUAAAAUAGUAGGUGAAGCCUUUGUGCAAAUCACCAGAAAAUUAGAGUAAUUAUCUCCUGCAGGAAACUCAACCCCAUGAUCACAAACCUUCUAGUUGUCUGGCUGGCAGGGACAAAUCAUUACAUGUGGACAUGAACAUUCUAACUUUCCUCCUGAACAAGGAUUUUUCAAGGCGCUCA